ACUUCACUAAAAUCGAUCAUUCCCAAAGAUUUCAAUUUGACAGACUCACCACCAUCAGGAAAAAAACAUCUUGAGCACUCUGAUCACAAUUAUGGCUGGAGCUUCAAGAUUCCUGGUUCGAGCAUUCGAAAUGACCGCUAAAUUUUUCUCUCGGCUUUUAUGCCUUUCACCAUCUGGUGAUAAUGGUAAAGACGAUAAUGACGGUAAAAACAAUGGUGAUGGUAAAAACAAUGAUGGUAAUAAAAACAAUGGUGUUGGAAAAAAUGAUGGUGAUGUUGAUAAUGGUGGCGAUUGCGAUGAUACUGUUGACAAUGGUGGCGAUUGCGAUAAUACUGUUGAUGAUGGUGGCGAUUGCGAUGAUGAUGUUGACAACGGUGGCGAUUGCGAUAAUACUGUUGAUGAUGGUGGCGAUUGCGAUGAUAAUGUUGACAACGGUGGCGAUUGCGAUGACAGUCCUAACUCAGACUCAGGCUGCAAUGAUUCGUAGCAACACAAGAAACACAAAGACAAGUGUUAACCAAACAGAGGAACAACCUCUGCAAGCCCGUUUCGCAAUAUCUUAACAGAGAUCGAUGAACUUGAAAACAGAAAAGCAUUACAAAAAAGCUCGCAAGUCCGCUUCUCAGUAGCCCUUUGGCUCAACAUUAAUCGAUGACAAAGAAAUCGUUCACAAAUUCGUUUCGCAGUAGCAACUUGGUUCGGG